AUGGCAAAAAAUUUCAUCGUCACAUUGAAGAAAAAUACUCCAGACGUGGAAACGAAAAAGUUCUUGGAUUCAGUCCAUCAUGCAGGUGGUUCAAUUGUACACGAAUUCGAUAUUAUAAAGGGGUACACCAUCAAGGUUCCCGAUAUUCUUCACUUGAAUAAGUUGAAAGAAAAGCACAAUGAUGUCAUCGAGAAUGUCGAGGAAGACAAAGAAGUCCAUACUAAUUGA